AUGAAUAUAUUAACAAAAGUGAAACCAGUGGGUCCUCACCUGUCCAGUAGGUUCGUACCACUGACAGAGGUGCCGCCUCCUCGCGUACCACAUCGGUCCGGCCGACGCCAUUUUGAGGACGAGUGCAGUCAAAGAGCGCCGCCGCGCGAGGUAUACGAAGGCCACAAGGUCGAUAUACACGGAGAUUACUACGACGAAAGAGUCGCUAAGACUGUUGCUACCGUCAUUAUACCGGAUCAUAUUGAUUACAAGCAUUUCCAAGUGACGACCCAAGUCCCAUACCUCACCCUGGGCACCAUACAAGCCAUAGGCUACCACCCGAGCACCAUAAAAAGCGAACACCCCAGCGAAUGCGAGAAGAUAUACCAGGACCACAUACAAGACAUGUACUCUGAUGACACGACAGAUUAUUCUGAGGAGUCAUUAGAGAUGGCCAAAAUGCCCAUCGGUCUUGUAGACCCUCAGAAGAAGGAACUAGAAGAGCACUUGGAAUUUUUGUACGAUGAAAAUUGA